AUGCUUCUUCUGUUGGCCACGCUGCUCGAGGCAUGGGGAGGAACCAGCACAGCGACGUCCCUGCGACCAUUGCCUAAAUCUGUGGUGCUUCCGGCCACAGCUACAGAGAUUCGCGGAUCAGAAACGUCGGAUUUCGCCCAACACAGCGUGCCGAGCGUGGGUGGUCCGGGGUUUGCGUUGCCGGCCACCAUGGAGGACAUCCUCCCGAAUAACCUCUGGGACGGCAAUGGCACGAGCGAGUCCGGGAAUACCAAUGAGUUCAGACCCUUGGAGACCGCAUGCCUGGGCCUUCAUGAGCCUGUGGCUGUGGAACCACAGCUGCUGAUUGCAGAGGGCGGCGGCACACACGAAGCCGCCACCACAGCCACCACCCGCUGCUCGUGA